AUGGAAACACUAUUAGACUGCGAAACUCUGAAAAAAUAUGAAGAAGAAACCAAUGAAUACAUUCGCAAAAAAAAUGUUGAAAAGCUGUUUGAUGUUAUUUUAAAAAAUGUUUUAAUGAACAAACCAGAAAAUGUUUAUCUAUAUAUAUAUAAGAAUAUUUAUUCUUUCCUGUUAAAUAAAAUUUUUAUAAUGGGCCCUCCUUUGUUAAAAAUUACAUCAACGGUAUCUUCUUCAAUUGCCAACUCAUUUAGUUACUACCAUCUUAAUACACCCGAUUUAAUAAAAUCCCACAUUUCGAGUAACACAAAUAACACAAAUGAUGAUGACCAAAAUUUGCCGAAUAAAAAACUAAUAAGGGACGAUUUAGUAUGUUCUAUUGUUAAAAGUAAUAUAAACAGCUUAGACGCAAAGCAAAAAAGGGGAUAUGUUAUUGAAGGCUUUCCCAACACUAAUGUACAGGCAAAUGAAUGUCUUCAAUAUUUACCUUCCCAUGUUUUCAUUUUGUAUGCCGAUGAGGAAUACAUAUAUGAAAAAUAUGAAGAAGAAAAUAACACAAACAUUUUUUCAAAUGUUAACAACCUAGCUGAAGACGAAUAUGCAGAAUUAUUCGAAAUGAAAGAAAAAGAUACGAAUGAGAUUAAAGAUGAAGUGAAUGUAUAUUUAAGAAACGUUUCAGGAGUAUUAAAAGUUUUAGGGAACAAUAAAAAAGCCAUAAAUUUAAAAGAAUAUAAUGAAAAAAGUUUAAUAGAUCACAUUAUGAAUGAGAAUAAUUGGAAUAGCGUGCUUGGUGAUGAUACGUACGAUGGUAAUGAAUAUUUUAAAAGCACAUAA